UUUGAGCAAUACGUAGUACAGUUACCGUAUUGGUGUAGCCUCCUUGUUACGAGACGACGUUUAAAAGACCAACACACAAUAUUAGAAAGCUCUACCUCUGGCAGACUGAAAAAUGGAGGACGACGCUCCUGUCAUUUAUGGUCUCGAAUUCCAGGCACGAGCACUCACUGCCCAGACAGCUGAGACUGAUGCCAUUCGUUUCCUUGUGGGCACACAGUCCCUGAAGUUUGACAACCAGAUCCACAUCAUUGACUUUGAUGACGAGAAUAACAACAUUAAUAAGAACGUCCUCCUGCACCAAGCUGGGGAGAUAUGGCACAUUGGCGCCAGUCCCGCAGAUAAGGCUGUGCUCAGCACCUGCUACGCCAAAACCAGUGACGGCAGAGUGGUGUACUGUGCGGCAGUGUGGCGGAUGCCCUCCGAUUGGGAGACGGGAAGCCGCGAGUCGCCUGAUGACUCCGCCCACAACCCCCAAACCCUGGAGCUGCUCUGUCACCUCGAUGACAGCGCCCACAGCAACGCUGCCUGUGUGCUGUGGGAGCCCAUGGGGGAUGGCAAACGUGUGAUUUCAUUGGCUGAUAACCAUGCACUACUCUGGGACCUGCAGGAGAGCUCCACACAGGCCACGGUCUCCAGCAGCGCCACCCUGGAGGGCAAAGGUCAACUGAAGUUCACCUCGGGCAAGUGGAGCCCCCACCACAACUGCAACCAGCUCGCCACGGCGAAUGACACGGCCAUACGAGGCUGGGACCUUCGCACCAUGAGUCAGAUCUACUGUAUAGAGAAUGCCCAUGGCCAGCUGGUGCGUGACCUGGACUUCAACCCCAACCGCCAGUACUACCUGGCCAGCUGCGGAGACGACUGCAAAGUCAAGUUCUGGGACGUCCGCAACGUCCAUGAGCCCGUCAAGACCCUGGAGGAGCACUCGCACUGGGUGUGGAGCGUCCGCUACAACCACAGCCACGACCAGCUGGUGUUGACGGCCAGCAGCGACUGCCGCCUCAUCCUCUCCAAUAUGGUGUCCAUCUCCUCGGAGCCAUUCGGGCACUUGGUGGACGACGACGAGGAGCUCAGCGACGGGGAGGACAACAACCAGGAGGACAAGGGUCAGGAGCCGCUGCAGGACAGCGUGGUGUCGACCUUCGAGGAGCACGAGGACAGCGUGUACGCGGCCGAGUGGUCGUCGGCCGACCCCUGGCUCUUCGCCUCGGUCAGCUACGACGGACGCCUCGUCAUCAACCGGGUGCCCCGUACCCUCAAGUACCGCAUCCUGCUCUGAGAGUGUGCGUGUGUGUGUGUACGUGUGUGUGUCUUUGUGUGAGCAAGUGGGAGAAGCCGAAGUAACCCAGCUGCAACACAAAGAAAGACAUUCCAUGACACCGUGGUACAGUAAGUGUGCCGUGUGUGUGUGUGAGAGAGAGUGUGUGUGAGAGAUGUAAAUAUACCUGUAGCUCGUAUGUUCCACUGGAAACAAUAAACGUCUUUUGCCCCUUAAAUGACUCCUGGAGGAAAAGAAAAGAAAACAUUUGUCGUGGUGUGCUGUUGUGGAAUACUCGCUUCAGAAAUAAUUUUCCUCAUCAUGUCAUCUUGUGCAUAAAUGUCCUCUGACGAUAUUUUGUCUGAAUCCUAUUUAUUGAUGUUGUUUUCACCUGCGUGACAAGACUGGAGGUAUCUGGUUACGGUUAUUAUUAUUAUUAUUAUUAUUUAGAGAAAUAUUUCAAAUCUGUAGUGUUUUUUCCUGUCUGCUUAUUACAGGGCUGCAUUGAACUGUUUAAUCUGAGGAUUUUUUUAAAAUUAUUGUAAUCAGUGUAUACAUCAUUAGACCCCCGGUCCCCCUGGGGGCAGCAGAAUGACCCAUUCUGACCCGAUUAUGAGUCCAGCGUUCCUUUAUGACCCGUUUACGGUCCCGACCAACUCCUGAGAGAUCGCGUGGAGCAGCUCGGUGACCAGAUGAACUGUCUCUACCGCCGCCAUCUCAUUCUCUUCUUCCUUGUUCUCCUCCUCCUUUGUGUCACUUGCCCCCCCCCACCCUCCCUCCCUCCGUACAGCGAGUGCUGAGGCUGGUCGAUAGUGACAGUCCGAGCCUCUGUUAUGGCAGACACCAUUGACAGGCCUUUUAAUUGCAGCUUGACUGUGCACGCACACACACACACACACACACACACACACACACUAGUGCCAAGGGAGGGGCACGGGCUCUUCAUUAGCUAUGCCAGUUGGAGCAGGCGGCGCCUUGGCUGAAUACAGAGUAUAUUCGGCUGUCUAAUCGCAGAAGCUGCACACACACACACACACACACACACACACACAGAGCGCCCUCGUUACCCUGCAGUCCAUUAUUGAGAGGAGGGAUCAGGGUGGAGACAGAGGGCUGGUGAAAAAGGUAAUCGCUCAAUAUCGGCCAUCUUGAAUCUGGCGCUGCUCGCCGCGGGCGUGCACAGACGCGGCGUGGCGUGGCAUGGCGUCUUCUGGCCGUCAAAGUGUAGGAAGAGGUGGGAGGGUGACGAGCCUGCGUGCGAGGUCCAACACGAUCUGCGUGUUUCUGAAUAGAAAGACGAUAUUACAAGACAAUACAAGCAGAUGGAUUUGUUGACCAUCCGAUGCAUCCAGCAGCUGAUUGGACUGACUGGGACCAAUCAGUGCGCCCAUCUGCUGAUGCCAGCUGAGGAUUUGCAUGUGAAUCGAUGAAGGCGCCUCUUUAGUAUUCCUGAAGAGGCCGACCCGGGACAAAUUACACUCGGUAUCAUGCAUUGAUUGUCGAUGUGGACAUUUUGAGGCGUGUUAUUGCCCCAGCGUACCCGGCCAACACGAUGGUUAUUCAGAAAGCAGAAUCUAGGACUUUCUGGUGUCCGCAAAUAUGGAAUGAAUGUUUUGUUUCUGUCAUUUACAUAAUCCAACAUUUUACAGCUGGACUAACUAGAACACAUCGGCCUUGUGAACAUUGUAACCCACAUACACAUUCUGUACGUGAUAGAUCUCCCAGAAAUAGAUACACACUUAAAGAGCCAGUGUAUAGGAUUUGAAGGAUGUGUUGGCAUGUAUUAAUAAUUGAAUGUAAUAUUAAUAACCUAGUUUUCAUUAGUGUAUAAUCAUCUAUAAUAAAGAAUCCUUGUGUUUUCUGUAGUUUAGAAUGAGACACUUAUCCACAGAGGGGAACUGAACGUCUUGGAGUGGAGGGGUAUUCAGUUGAUUGCAAUCUGCAAACUGACCACUAGAUGGCGCUACAUCCUACACAGUGCACCUUUAAGUGUGAACCAAUGACCGUGUUUACAUGCAUUCGAAUAACUGGCUUAGUCGGACUGAAAUCGAAUGAUCCGUUUCAUGUAAACACCUUUGUUCGACUAUGUGCGGUCCGACUACGAUCCGAUUAACACCCCUGGAUAACUCGAUCCGAUCCGGUUGAUAAUUCGACUAUCGCGGCAUGUAACGGUGAAUUGGAUUAGGAACUGGACUUCGCGUCUUUGCGCAUGCUUGAGAUCCCGCCGCCCUCCUCCCCCCUCCCUCCUAUGUUGUGACCCGGAAGUCGAAAGAGACGAUAAUGUCACUAUUAACAUCAUGCAAGAAUAGUAGAGGGAUGUAGCUUCGCCUUGCUCUCUGUUUGCCAUCUUUCUCGAAAUGUUGGUGUUGUUGUUGUUGUUGGUAGUGGUGAAGAGGUCAAGCGGAAAUGCCUGUAUCACCACUAGUUGUAAUGAAAACAGCGCCACCUAUCGUAUCGGAUAUGACAUGCUUUCGGCCAAUGAUUCGAAUUACUCACUGCCAUGUAUAUUGGGAUAACAGCAGAUCCCCCAAAAGAUAACAUAGUCCGACUAAAGCAAGAUUCGAAUUAUACCAUCAUGUAAACGCACUGAAUGUCGUCUAUAAUUAAUAAUAAGUACUUAAGAAUACAAAUACUUAAUCUUUCACAAAACAUAAUAGAAAGGACAGUGAAGGAUGAAUGAAUAACAUUAUUCACAGCAAUAAACUCACUACAUGUGCAUAUUCUAUUUAACAUUUCUCAUAUUCAUAAUAUUUGUAAUGCAAACAAUAAGUUCUUAAGUUUAGUUUUUUACCAAUGUUGGCCCAUUUGUAGCACGACAUAUAUUUGAACAUCUCUACUUUCUUUAUUUGGACAUGAUUUGUCUAAAGUCAAUGCACCUGUAAUAAACCAAGAGUAAAUAAUACUGGCCUUCCAUUGCAUCUCAAGUGAUACCGAAUCUUUCAAAAGCAGAGACAUGCUUAAAGUUAUUUCAGUUUAUUUUUUAGGGUUGGUCAAAAACUUCUUUUGUUCAAUUUGUUUGAAAUUCUCUUUGAAUACAGCAAUCAAUACAAUUCAUUGUUGCGAGUCACCAUGACAUUACACACAUCUUGCGUGGACGAGCAAUAACCACGUUCGUCAUGACGAUACUUCUGGGGGCGUGGCUUUGGAGGGACGGGCAGACAGUGACGCCUACUCGACGACUUUUGGAGCUCCUGCUUUCAUUGGAGAAGAGUUGGCAACACACAAGUUUCUCACCAAUCAUCACUUCAAUCCCAUUUAGAGCAGCGGUCCGCGGUCCGCGGCUCGGUACCGGUCCACGGCCGCACAGAAAAAGUGACUGAAAAAGAAGAAGCUCAGGGCUCACUAAUUCAGCGUAAUGGUGAGUUGUAUUUUCAUGCACUUUAUGCCGGUCGUAUAAUUUUAUUACGUCAUAUUUAUUACAUCAUGUUUAUCGGCCAGACUGUGAAGGCCGGUCCGUGAAAAUAUUGUCUGACAUGAAACCGGUGCGUGGCUCAAAAAAGGGUCGGGGACCGCUGAUUUAGAGUCUGAAGAACACUAUUCAUCUGGGCACUUUGGUUUUUCUAUAAUUCCUCUGUAUUCAGAAAGGACUUCAGAAAGAAGCCGAGCCGUCUCUGUAACCGUCGUCGCGUUGUCACCCGGCAGGUCAUGUGACCAGGUGUCCUCAGGUCACAAAGCCCUUGACCUGGAACAAGAGGUGACGGUGGUGUUGUGGCUACCGGCUGCCUCACGUGACUCGCCCGGUGAUACGGAGAGAAACCGACUGCAGUAUUUAUGCGGCUGGGGAAUAAGAGGAUUUAUUAUGCAUGACUGGAAUAUGUGUUUUACCAUGUGGAUGAGCUAAGGAGGCAUCUGCCUCUCAGUUCUAGGCUCAAUUUAAAUGUAUAAGGAAAAUAACAGAAUUACCUCAGAUCAGGGGGUAGGAGUGUUUAUAUUGAUUGGUUCUCGCCGUUGUCUGAUGCUACACACAGAAGAUUGAAGGUGAACCGGAAAAAGGUUCUUCAGAGUGAUGCCAUAGAAGAACCAUUUCUGGUUCCACAAAGAAUCUUUCAAACCAGGCUUCUUUAAAGAACCAAUUCCUUAAAUACUUCUUCAAAUAACCUCCAAAGGUUUCUCAAAGAACCUUCAAAAUGGUUCUUUAAUGCACCAUUAGAGGUACCACAAAGAACCUUUCAAACCAGGGUUCUUUAAAGAACCAUUUCCUUAAAUACUUCUUCAAAUAAACUAUAAAGGUGUUUCAAAGAAUCUUCAAAAUGGUUCUUUAAGGUACCAUUUCCUAAAUGGUUCUUCAGUAUUGUAUCGUAUCUGUCCUCCAUCUCCUGACACAGGAGGUAUACGCCUCCAAAAAGCCCCAAAGUGUUUGCAUAACGUCUGAAACGGCGGUAAUCGUACCCGAGGGUCACCCCGGGGUGUCGUCUUCAACGGGUGGAGGCGGAAUUCAAUUCAGCUGCUGAGAAAAUGAAAUAAAAUAAUAUAUAUAUUUAACAAAAAUUUGAUUUCAUUUAAUUAUUUAUUCAUGUCGGCAAUGCAAUAUGGAGCCACCUGGGGUGAGCGUGUUUGAGUGUGAGCGUGGGUUUCAGGUGAUUAUUACCACGGAGACGUUGACUCAUUUUUAUGGAGGGGAAUUUAUAUGACCCCUUGAAAUAUGAAAUUAUGCACAAACACGCGUUUCUCUCCACAGGAAGAAGAGAGAAAGACAAAGAAAGGAAAGAGUGGCUGAUAGCAGGCGGAGGGGGACGUCAGAGGUCCCUCAAGGUGCCCGUGGUAGGGAAGAGAACGGCAUGACCAAGAUGGUGUGUAGGUGUGUGUGUGUGGAGGUGUGUGUGUAGGUGUGUUUCUAGGGGACAUGUUUUUGACGGACCUUCCCAAAGUCCUGUUUGAGAGUUAAGAAGUUAUAAUUAGGUUUUAGAUUAAUUCUCAAGUCAAUAUUGUAAAUAUUAAUCUGAUUUAUUGAAGGGACCGUAAUGUCUAGGUUCUGGCAAAACAUCAGAAGAGAUGGCACGUUGCAGCUAGAAAUGGGCCAGAGAGAGAGAUAUUGUGUCUGAGCUCAAGGUUAGCUACACGCCGAACAGUAUUCAACAUUCACACAUGCUAUCAGUAUUUACACAUACCAAGAGGGGGCGCACGGCCAACAGAUAGCCCCCACCCGGGGGUAGGAGUGAAUUCUCAUAACAGACUAGAGCCAAGACGAGGUCAGGGGGUGAGAUAUGUACCUGUGACGAGAUCUGUGAAUAAAGAUUGAACCUUAAGUUGGGGGAGGGUGUUUUUGCGCUCAACUUGCAUGUUGAGAGAGAGCUCCCCGUGUGAUUUCAAUCGCUGGUGAGUGUUUGUACUUUGCUUUUGUUCAGUGAAUAAACGUCUCCCUAAAGGAGAGAACGAUA